CCCGGCUUGGAAGAAACUGUAAGAGGUACCAUCCGUCACGUUUAUGGAUGCAGUUAAACCAACGAGUUAAGUGCGUUGUUAGUUGUCUGUGAAGGGAGGUAGUUACUACAGUUGAAAAACAUAUAUUGCUCUUUUUAUUUAGUCUAUACCUGCAACGAUGCACCUCACAUUCGUUGUACUUUGGGCAAUGGCAUUGCCUUUAUGCUUGGAAGCGAUUCACGGGAUAUACUCCUUCGGCCAGCCCGAAUUAUUUUACAAGAAGAGCAACUGUAAACCAAUCCCCGCGACUCUUCUCCUGUGUCACGACAUCGAGUACACCGAGAUGCGCCUUCCUAACCUUCUUGGGCAUGAGACCAUGAAAGAAGUCCUCCAGCAGGCGUCCUCGUGGAUCCCCCUGGUCCAGAAACAGUGUCACCCGGACACGAGGAAGUUCCUGUGCUCCCUCUUCGCCCCGGUGUGCCUGGACGAUCUGGACGAGCCUAUCCAGCCGUGCAGAUCUCUCUGUGAGAGCGUGAAGCAGGGCUGUGCACCGGUCAUGUCAGCUUUUGGCUUCCCGUGGCCGGACAUGCUGGACUGUAAUCGAUUCCCGCCGGAUAAUGAUCUUUGCAUCCCUCCAGCCAGCAUGGAUAACUUUGUGCCAGUCACCAGAGAAGUACCAAAAGUGUGUGAUGCCUGCAGGGAAAAAGAGGAGAAUGACAAUGAGAUUGUUGAUAACCUCUGUAAGAAUGACUUUGCACUGAAGAUCAAAGUGAAGGAGAUCUCCUACAUCAACGGAGACACCAAGAUCAUCCCUGAAACCAAGAGCAAGACCAUCUACAAGCUGAGCGGCGUGACGGAGCGGGACCUGAGGAAGACCGUGCUGUGGCUGAAGGACGGCCUGCAGUGCACCUGUGACGAGAUGAGCGACAUCAACGCCGCCUACCUGGUGAUGGGCCAGAAGAUGGGCGGGCACCUGGUCAUCACCUCCCUGAAGAAGUGGCAGCGCGGCCAGAGGGAGUUCAAGAGGAUAUCACGCAGCAUCCGCAAGCUUCAGUGUUGACUGGCCCCGCCCCUACUCCACCCCACACCCGCCCCCCAUGUCCACUCAAUCUCCGCCUCUCUCCUCCCAAAUAUGGUCAUCGUCUCUCAGCGCUGCUGUGGGCUUCUCAAUAC